AGAAGUGAUGUGAGGGGAUAGGCCGGGCAACCUAUAUAUAGUCCUGGGGCCAGGGCUCAGCCUGGGAGGGUCUGUCUGCUCUUCACCGUGCGCCCAUCACCCGUGGUGUCCCACGACCUUGCUCUGAGCUUGGUGCUUGCUUCUCUUGAGACACAGCUCUGAGCCACCUACAGUUAAGGCUUGACCUUGACUGGGCCUCUUGGGAGUCUCUUUUUAGCCAAGAUCUCCAGCCAGACCUGCCUGCCAUGUCGGCCGCGCCCGGCCUCCUGCACCAGGAGCUGUCCUGCCCGCUGUGCCUGCAGCUGUUCGACGCGCCCGUAACGGCCGAGUGUGGCCACAGCUUCUGUCGCGCCUGCCUGAGCCGCGUUGCCGGGGAGCCGGCGGAGGACGGCACGGUGCUCUGCCCGAGCUGCCAGGCCCCCACGCGGCCGCAGGCGCUCAGCACCAACCUGCAGCUGGCGCGUCUGGUGGAGGGGCUGGCGCAGGUGCCGCAGGGCCACUGCGAGGAGCACCUGGACCCGCUGAGCAUCUACUGCGAGCAGGACCGCGUGCUCGUGUGCGGCGUGUGCGCCUCGCUCGGCUCUCACCGCGGCCACCGCCUGCUGCCGGCCGCCGAAGCCCACGCGCGCCUCAAGUCGCAGCUCCCACAGCAGAAGAUACAGCUGCAGGAGGCUUGUAUGCGGAAGGAGAAGAGUGUGGCCCUGCUGGAGCAUCAGCUGCUGGAAGUGGAGGAGACGGUGCGUCAGUUCAGGGGGGCAGUGGGCGAACAACUGGGCAAGAUGCGUUUGUUCUUGGCUGCCCUGGAGGGCUCCUUGGACCGUGAAGCUGAGCGAGUGCGGGGUGAGGCGGGGGUCGCCUUGCGGCGGGAGCUAGGGAGCCUGAACUCUUACCUGGAACAGCUGCGGCAGAUGGAGAAGGUGCUGGAGGAGGUGGCAGACAAGCCGCAGACAGAGUUCCUCAUGAAAUACUGCCUGGUGACCAGCAGGCUGCAGAAGAUCCUGGCAGAGUCACCACCACCUGCCCGUCUGGACAUCCAGCUGCCCAUCAUCUCAGAUGACUUCAAAUUCCAGGUGUGGAGGAAGAUGUUCCGGGCUCUGAUGCCAGCGCUGCAGGAGCUGACCUUUGACCCGAGCACGGCCCACCCGAGCCUGGUGCUGUCCAAUUCGGGCCGCCGCGUGGAGUGCUCGGAGCAAAAGGCGCCGCCAGCCGGAGAGGACCCCCGCCAGUUCGACAAGGCGGUGGCGGUGGUGACUCACCAGCUGCUCUCCGAGGGCGAGCACUACUGGGAGGUGGAGGUGGGCGACAAGCCGCGCUGGGCGCUGGGCGUGAUCGGCGCCCAGGCCGGUCGCCGCGGCCGGCUGCACGCGGUGCCCUCGCAGGGGCUCUGGCUGCUCGGGCUGCGCGACGGCAAGAUCCUGGAGGCUCACGUCGAAGCCAAGGAACCGCGCGCGCUGCGCACCCCGGAGAGGCGGCCCACGCGCAUUGGCAUCUACCUGAGCUUCGGCGACGGCGUCCUCUCCUUCUACGACGCCAGCGAACCCGACGCGCUGGAGCUGCUCUUCGCCUUCCAUGAGCGCCUGCCGGGGCCCGUGUACCCCUUCUUCGACGUGUGCUGGCACGACAAGGGCAAAAAUGCGCAGCCGCUGCUGCUCGUGGGGCCCGACGUCGGCGGCGGCUCGGAGGCUUGAGCUGCCGGUUGGGUUCGGGGAGGGGUGGGGGGCCCUGCCGGCCUGGUCGGGGUCGCCGGGGUUGAAGUCAGGGCGGAGGGGGUUGGGGACGGGACUUCAAACAUUCUGAGAAGUUGGCGGUUGGCAUGUGCAGGGGACAGCCAGCCAGGGGUUGGGUUGGUGAUGGGAAGGGGAGACCUGAAGUCAGGUCAGUGGAGAAACUGUAGCUGGCGAACCUGGGAACACCAGCGAUCAGGCGAGAAGUUGAGAUUGAGGAAGGGUCAGGGGGCUUGGGGAGGAGGGAGGAGAGGAGCUCGAGAACUCUGUGGGAGUCAGGAGGCCCAGAAGCCUCCCGCUCCUUUCCGCCUUGGGGGGCCUCCGAAGUCGGGUCUGGUCUCACCACGGCAAGAGGCCUUCCACUGGGGUGAUUCUCCAACUGGAGCAUAUGCACCAAGGUCACCUUUUCAGAGCACCUCGGAAUGCCUUGGCUAAAGCCCAGAGGGCAGAAUUUCUGGUUCAGUAGGUCAGGGGUGGGUCAAAAGUGGGCCUUUCUAGCAAGUCCUCAGGGGCCGCUGAUGCUGCCUGUCACAAGCUGGAUCACACCUGAAGCGUUGCUAACUCAGCCGGCCUUCUGUUCAGUCAGCUUGCUCUUACACAGAGUUAUCACAAAGCUGUCAGCCAUGAUGCGUAGAAAACCCAAAAUACAUUCCUCCAGGCCACAGCCAUUUAAAAACUGUCAGAGCCUGUGUGCCAAAGUGCUUCAGUUGUGUCCGACUCUUUGCGACCCUGUGGACUGCAGCCCGCCAGGCUCCUCUGUCCAUGGGAUUCUCCAGGCAAGAAUACUGGAGUGGGUUGCCACACCCUCAUGCAGGGGAUCUUCCUGACCCAGGGAUCGGACCUGCGUCUCCUGCAUUGGCAGGCGGGCUCUUCACCACUAGUGCCACCUGGGAAGCCAGAGCCUUUGCUGGGUGAAUAAACUGACCCCCCAUUUAUUGCCCUUUGCCUCCGGAUUAUGUUGACUGAGUGUCUCAGGUGUGGAGGACACCAUCCCCUCAGUUGCCAACCAAGAGAAAGAGCCUGAUGCUAGCCCUGCCCUGGGCCCUGCUGCUUGUGAAGGAGAGGAAGCCCCCAUCUUAUCACCCUCCCUCCCCGAGUUGCUUCCUUAAGUGUGAACAUUUUUUUAGGCCUUUGGGUGUAAAAUAACCACUGAAGCCAAGAGUGGGAGCCCCUUUUCCCUGGAGGGAGAGGCUUUGGGGGUUCAGGCAGGUGGGACUGCUGCCCCCUCCCAUCCUAAGGAAGAAUGAAGGCCUGGGCCAUUUCCUAUCACCAGUGCGGUCGCUACUGCUGCUGCUGUGUGAGGUCUGGGACCCUCUGGCAACUGACGCCAGUGUGGGAAUUUUCUGGGGGUGGAGGGGAGAGGAAGGUGUAGGGUAAGAAAGGAGCUGGCUGGGGGUGCGCCCCUGGCUGCGUCUCCAAGAGGAAGGCCUGUUGCGCCCUGGCUCUGGGACACAAGAGAAAAUUCAUCUGAGAAGCUCUUUCUUGUUAGAAAAUAAAACUGUUAAGUGAAGGGAUGAUUCGUUGAUGGUCAAAUGAAUAAACGCGAUUACAGUCUGA